AUGACUUUUAAUGGCUUUUUCCGGCGGAUUCCAGCUGUGGCUGACGUUGAAGAGGGUCGGGAAAGGCUGCUGGGUGACGGCGGUUCGAACCUGACCAGUCUGGUGGGCGAUGGUGCUCCAUGGCAGCAGCGGUGGCCAAAAGUAGUCGUCAGUGAACAGUACGGGGGAGGGGGGGGUGUCGUGCAAACCACAGAGAGAGAGAGAGAGAGAGAGAGAGAGAGAGAGAGACUGCACAGGGAGAGAGAAAAAUGA